AUUGGCAACAGUGUUCACCCAGCAUAACCUUAAAAUAUUGGCAUCUUUUACUAUUGUAUACUAUACAGUUGUUUAUUUACUAAUAUUAUAAAAACAAUAAUAUUGGUGCAAAAUGUGGGAAAAUAGUGAUUUCGAGCAAACUCAUGAAACGAACGGUUUUUUGAAUAAUUCACAAACCGCUGUUGAAAAUCAUGCCCAAACUAAAAAAGAGAAAAGACUGCAAAGUGUUGUGCCCGUUGUUGUAGGACAAUUAAUAAAUCACCCCAAUGAUGAUUUUACACUGUUCGGGUUACCAGCACAAAUAUUAAAUAUAGUUGGUAUUUUAAGAAAUAUUGAUGUGCAAUCAACAAAAGCCACAUAUACAGUUGAGGAUCACACAGGUGGAAUAAAAUGUGUUUUUUGGCUUGAAAAUGAUGACAACGCGACCCCCAAUUUACCAAACGUUAAAGUUGGAGGUUAUGUGCAGUGUUUUGGUAUACUGCGUAACCAAAACGGUGAAAAAAAUCUUAUGGUUCUACAGAUGUAUUCUGUUGAGGAUUGUAAUGUUGUGACUACGCAUUUAUUAAGUGCUAUUAAAGCUAGGUUGGAGGCUGAGGAUAUGUCAAAGAAUGUGGGAAGUAAAUAUAAAGUUAACAAUCCUGGUGCUGCAUUGGCUAAUUCCAUGUCUUUUAUGGAUCAAAGUACUUCAGAUGUUACUUUUACACAUGUACAGCAAAAAAUUCAGACUUUGUUGAAAAUUGAUAAAAGUAUCAUUGGUAUGACAAGAAGGGAAAUUUUGGCACAUUUUCCUGUAAAUCAACAUAAAGAAUUUAGUGAAGCCAUGGAUUAUUUAAUGAACGAAGGAUACAUUUUUUCAACCAUCGAUGACGACCAUUUUAAGGCUACACCAGAUUAAUAAAUUAAUUAAAAUAUCAUAAUUUACUCAUAUAUACUUAAAUGUUUUGUGUUAGGUUAAUUUAAACGACGAUAUGUGUAAUAUUUAGUUUUUGUAAGUAAAUAACAGACGUAUAUCAUUUAUAAAAUUUUAUUAAAUAUUGUUAAUAUAAUAAAUAAGAUAUACAAAAAUUUGACUUUCACUUGAAAAAAUUUAUAUAGCUGCGUAAUAAAUAAAUAUAUCUUAAAAAUAAUCCAUUAUGAUCCCGACUUAUAUAACAUUAAAAUUUCAACAAUCUUAUAACAUACAACAAAAUUAUUGGUAAAAAAAAUUAUUACAAACCAGCAGUAAAAAAGCACUGGGAAUGUAUUUUUCACUUAAAUAUUUGGUUAAUAUGGUAGAAAUAAUGAACAUAAUUUUCAAGUACAUUUUCGAUACACCCUGUAGAAGAUUUUAUAAAAUUUGGUAUAUCCAACGAUUAAUAUUUAUUACUAUUAUAAUUAUUGCAUGACAAAAGUAAAAGGUAACAGCAACAUUUAAAAAUCAUUUCACAAUUCAGUCUUGACGCAUUCACACUGUAUAAUAUUAUUGAAAAUAUACAGGGUGCAAUAAUUCACUUGUAAAUAAAUAAUAGACAGCAUCAAAUUUAAUAACGUAAAACAUAGCAUAAUAUAAAAAACCUACAAUUAAUAAAAAUGUUACACUGUGUAUAGUAUGAAUUUAUUAUUAUUAUUAUUAGCAUUAGAUAGAGAGUUUUGUAUAAAUAAAAAAUAGACGUAAUGUUUCCCUAGUAAAACAAUAAAACGAUUGCGUAGCGAAUUUCAGCUGGAUUCAGGCACGAAAAUUUCAAUGUUUUGGGUGUGGUUCUGGUUUUGAGAUUUCAUCGCUUUCCUUCGCUCCUCGAUCAUUUUCUUUCGCUCGGCUUCGCGCUGCUUUCGGGCCUCUUCGUUCACGCUAGGAGCCUGUCGGACUCGGAUCGGCCCUUUGCGCGCACUUUUGCCGCUACUGGAACCGUUCAUUGGAGACUUUGUAGGUUUGACCU